AUGCGACAAAUUGUGGAAUUUUUGGCCGCCGGAGAGCCGAUGAAGGCGUUGGACCUUUUUGAGAGAACUGUUGAUGAAGGCCACGACGACGAUUCGACGAUUCUGGAAGCUUCUCGACUACUGGCCAACUAUAUUCGACACUCGUCGCGUUUCAAACGACACUUAAUUUUUCUGAAAUUACAAAAAUGCAGUGCUCUGUCUCGGCUCUAUUUAUCGUUUCAAUUCAAUAGCUUCCGAGAUUCGGCGUUUCCGAAAAAAGAGAUUUUCGAGGGAAGCUGUUUGCACGAUUCGGAGGCAUAUUUGGAGAGAAGUAAGUCCCCCACCCAACGUCACUAUGUCACAUCAGUUGGCUCGAAUCGUUUCUUCAAUUUGGGCCUUCUCUCCGACGGAUCGCCGGUCGCCGAACCUCAUUUAGUCCAGCUGCCAGCACGGGUCCGCCAAAUUGAAAUGUCCAAUUCUCACACAAUUUUUCUCACUGAUCCAUCCCCCGAAAAUCCAGAAAAUCGAUUAUUUGGGUGUGGAAAAGCGGCUAGCUUCCUUCCAGAAUCUUCGGUUUCCAACGAACACCAUAAAACGGGAGGAUACGUGGCACUACCCGUUGCUAUUAGAUCCCAAAAUGGGUGUCGAGUGGAACAGUGCCACGUGGCAGAGGGAAAAACGAUGUAUAGGGUUGGCGAGAGAUGGAUCAGUGGAUCUGGGUCAUCGGUGGAACUCAAAUUGACAAACUAUUCGACGCUGCAUUUGAAUUGUGAAGGGAAAUGUGUCAAGAUCUUUCUCCGAAUUCAAGACCGCCGAAUUUUCUGGAAUCGAACUGCGGAUUUCGAGGCUCAAAAACCUGUGGAAUUCAUCGUCAAUGGAUUCACAGACGCCUAUUUUUUCGAUGGGUUCCAAAUUUUGGCAGAUGGAACGAUCUACGUGGCAAAUAAUGGACUUCUGAAAGGAAGAUUGGAGUUGUGGAAGAAUAAGGAUGAUGGAUUUCAAGGUUUUUCCUCUUUUUUUUUGUGGAAAAUUCUGAGAAAAAUGACCCAAUUUUAUCGAUCGAAAAACCGCUCGGAGCACUUUGACACCAAAUACACCCUAGUUGGAAUUUUGGACGAAAUUCCUGGAUCUUGUGGAACGGAUUUCUUCAAAUUAUCACCAGAUGGACAGAAUUUGAUAAUGAAGAAGGGGAAGGAGAUUACGCCACCAGGAGACGCGCCUCGUACAGUAUUCGAAUCGAUUCAACACCACAAAAUUAUCAAAAAUCGAUCGGAUCAAUACGAUCCAAUCGAUAUUGCAAUGGAUUUGACAGUGAUCUUCAAAAAUGAUGAUAAUGAGCCGGUUUUUGUGGAUUACGAGGAAGAGUACGAAAAUGAUGAGUCGCCGAAAUUUGAGACGAAUCGAUUUUUGUUCGAAUCGAUGUUUCCAGAACAUGUGGAACAGAUCCAGGGAGAUGAGAUUGUUUUUGAUGUCGAGGAAAAUCCGAAUUCGGAUUUAUUUGUUAAUUGGGAGAGACCCAUCUCAACAGAAUUCGUCCCGGAAAACACGCCUCUCGCAUCGAUUUUUCAUCUAAUUUCGACGGAAAAACAACGAAUUCCCUGCCACAAAUCCCUGAUUCUCGUCCAUUCGCGACAAAUCGCAGCCAUGCAACGAUUCAAUACGAAUUAUGGGAAUUUUGGAAUGGAAAUCGCAGAUUUUGGGGAUGAAAAAGAGCAGGAAAUUCGAGAAAUCGAAAUGAAUGCGACGGCUGAAGUGAUAAGAAAUGCUAUCGGAGGGAUAAGGGAUAUUCGAACACUUUAUGGAAUUAAGACUAUUGAGCUCAUCGAAUGCAUUCACUUCUACGACUACCAUCUAAUGGAGGAAAUGUUCCGAGACGCGUGGAAAAUCCUGGGAGAUACAGUAACCGAGCAUACUGUAUCGUUUCUAUACGAAAUGUACAGUAUGUAUGAGGAUCAGGUCGUCGAGGCACUUGCCAAACGACCACACUUGGUUUAUACGUCGAUUUCCGGAAUCAUACCUCCUAGGGGAUUGCUGAAGAGACUCUCGAAAAACCUUCCCCAAAGAAUCCAUCAUCAAAAACCCCACCCCUCCACUCCAUCGGAUCCCUCCAAAUGGUCUCUUGCCACGUGUGAAACCGAGUACGUCAUCAAAAAUCUUGUGAAUCUCGACGACGAUUGGGAGGAGUUCAUCUGGAGUGCUUUACGAGAGAAAUGCGACGAUGAGCUUGCCACGUGGCACGCAGAAGCCGCGCGGAGAAGAGAAGAACGACGAGGAGCGGUGAGAAGUCGGACGACAAGUCAUAAGAGGAACUCAAGGACCCUGAUAGAAGCCCUGACGUCGUCACCGAUUCCAAUAGGAGGACGUCCCAAAACUGACAGCUUCUCGAAAUCGCUCGCCAGCCCUUCAGCUCAAUCUCCAUUGGCUUCAAUGUCAAUGUCGCCAAAAGGAGGAGUUCCAAUUGGAAAGCCCCGCAACGACUCCAUAUCGAAUUCUCUGGACGACUUCCCUGAAAUGGGAUUCAUCUCUCCAUCAACCCCAAAAUCCACGUCAUCAGCUCGAUUCGCACCGAAAGGCGCUCGUUUCAAGAAGGAUUUAAACAUUCUGAAGCCGUUGGCACCGGUGAAUCCAUGGAAGACGUCCGCCACAACGUCUUCUGAACCGUCUCCAGCGAUUUGGGAGCAAGAAGAGCGUGUGAAUUUCGAUGAAGUCAUUAGAAAAGAAGAGAAAUUGCAGAAGAAUAUCAAAUCCGGCUUCAAAAAAGUCCGCCUCCUGCCCCAUGUCGAACUUGAAGAGCUCGCGCGAGCUGAGAUUUUGCAAAUUUUCGCUCAAGAACUGCACGAUGAGGCGUUAAUUAAAGUUGAGCUGGUGGAUGAGGAUUUCGGUGUGGAAAAUGAGGAGAUUGUAUGGGGACACAUGCCAGGACUUGUUCGUCGUUAA